AUGUCGUCGUCUCCCUCCACAAUCGAGGCUCUCGUCCGCUGGGCCAGCCUCAAGAAGUACCGUAUCGAAGUCACCUAUGGCGUGUAUGUCUAUACGCCUGUAGAGAAGGCCGUCUUCUGGACUAUCUUCUGCUUCUUGUUUACCACCAUCUCCUUCGCCGCCAUCCUCUACACUGAACGGAACGUUCUCCUGUUACUUAGAUAUGCCUCCAUAUAUAUUAGCGGCGAAGGCGGCGUUAUCAACGUUCUGUCACACUUAUUCCCCAAAAGCAACGCCCCAUUCACGAUGGCGAGUUCCGGCAUGGCGUCUGUAGCCGAGACGAUGAGCACUGCGGCCAAGUCACAGAUCCCAUAG